AUGAAGACAUUCUUCUGCUCUCAAGAUUUAUGGGACAUCAUAGAAGAAGGAUUCACUAUUCCAGAAGACACCUCCACUCUUACUGCAGCUCAAAAGAAGGAGUUGAAGGAAAACAAGCAAAAGGAUUCAAGGGCUUUAUUUGUUCUUCAACAAGCAAUUGAUGACACAAUUUUUCCAAGGAUAAUUGGUGCCACCAGUGCAAAGCAAGCUUGGAACACAAUACAAGAGGAGUUUGAAGGAAGUGACGGGGUAUGCAAUGUUAAACUUCAUUCUCUAAGACGAGAGUUUGAAUUAUUAAGAAUGAAAGAAUCUGAGACCAUCAAAGACUACUAUUAUAGAAUAAAAGAAAUAGUUAGUCAGAUGAGAGCCUAUGGGGAAAAUAUUCUUGACAAAAAGAAUUUUGAGAAAAUUUUAAUUUCUAUUCCCCAAAAAUAUGAUGCAAUCGCAACUGCGAUUGAACAAACAAAAUAUUUGGCUACAUUGUCAGUAACACAACUAAUGGGCUCUCUUGAAGCCUAUGAACAAAGAUUGAAAAGGCAUGAAGAAGACUCAGUUGAAAAUGUCUUUCAAUCAAAACUAAAAUUGCUGUCUCAGAAAGAAUGUGAAGGAAAUAAAAGUAGAGGAGAAAUUUCUAGAAAUAAAGAAAAUUCUAGAAGCUUCUCUAUAAUUCAUCAAGCAAAAUAUCCUCCAUGUGGCAUCUGUAAAAAGGCAAGUCACUUGGAAAAAGAUUGUUGGCAUCAUGGAAAACCUUAA